AUGAAUCUUCAAGACUGGGCUCGUGCUUUCCCUCGGCCCCGACAGGCUCGCGUCAUGAAGCCCCGCAGUGCGGGAAACAGUCCCUCGUCGGCGAUGGCACGGAGAAGGGCGACCGUCGUUCAAAGUGCUAUGCACGGCUCUUCAAAUCAGUAUCAGUCCUGGGAGGCCGCUCUUCUCGCCUCUGCGGCCCGGAACUCACGCCCGAUCAGCUGGCACCCUUCCUCAGCUCGCGCUCGAGGCCUGUCGAACCCGACAUGUGCCCCUGACUUUACCUCGGAGAAUCAUGCCGCCAUGGGUGCCUUCCCGGAUCAACUGAUGACUGGCUAUCCGGUCUACGCCAACGACAACAUGAUGUCUUAUCCCGUCUCCGCUGGCCCUGCCUACUCGCCUGAUUAUCUUUCGAUGUACUCCGAGAUGCAUAACCCCCUGCCUCUACCCCAACAGACCCCGGCAAUGUCCAUGUCAGACUCGCAGGUCGAGCCUAUGGCAUGGGAUGUCGCUACCACCAAUAUGGACAUGUCCAACAUGGCCCAGACUACAUCUGAUGGCUGGUCGCUGGAUAUGUUGACCAUGGCAAACAUUCCUCCGGCCGCAACAGCGUGCCCCAGUUAUGCCAGUGUGCCUUCACCCGGCGAGCUAAGCGGCCCAUCAACUCCCGACUUUCUGCCUAUUCAGCAAUUUGAUUCAUCGGCUUCCCAAGAGCAGAAGAAACCGAAGAGCGAAGAGGAGCUUGUUGGAAUGGGCCUGUACAGCCAUCCGGAUGGAUCCCGGGCUCAAACCCAGCAGACAUCACUUGGAAAGGGGCUCAAGCUUGAAGAAACAUUUUCGCCAUCCGACGACGAAAAUGAGGAUGGGGAUGAGAUCACCACCGAACAAAUACAACCCACUGCCCAAGAGACAGUGCCCAUGUCCCAGACUUCGAAUUUCUCGCUACCCAAGCAGCCAUCCAAGCAUGCUCUCAAUCUUCUUCACAAGUCUUUCUUCUUCGACCAUGACGACAUGGACCAGCAGACGAUGACCACGGCGCAGCCUUUCGUCCACCUCAACCAGCCCUGUAUGAACUAUGGCUACGGCUGGAUUUGA